AUGGGAGGAACCAUGUACAACACUGGGAAGCAUGUGUCAUUACGGCCAGACAAAGCCCACCUGGUGAACAUCUCCGGGGGCCCACUGGGUUACAGCUACAGGCUGGAGGAGGUCCGCCUCCAUUUUGGGAGUGAGGACUCCCAGGGUUCAGAGCAUCUUCUCAACGGACAGGGUUUUCCAGGAGAGGUCCAGCUGAUCCAUUAUAACCAGGAUCUGUAUGCCAACUACACAGAGGCAGCUAAGAGCCCCCAUGGUAUCGCUGUGGUCUCCAUCUUCAUAAAGCUCUCUGAAAUCCCCAACGCCUUCCUCAACCGCAUGCUCAACAGAGACACCAUCACCAGAAUCAACUAUAAAC